GUGACGUGAGCGAGCGGGAGUAUGGAAACUGAUCAUUGCAGGCAGCGCAGUGUUGGGUAAUUGUGCUCUCUCUCUCUCUCUCUCUCUCUCUCUCUCUCUCUCACCACUCCACAUCCCCGGCGAUGCUGCUCUGACCAGACACCGCCAGAGAAAAACAAACACUACCCCAUCCACAUACUCAUACACUGACAUGCAGCGGAGAGGGCUGCUGCUGCUGCUGCUGCUGCUCCUCCGUCUCCUCUCUUUCACACACACAUGCACACUCUCACACUCCAUCUAAUUACAAACACCCACUCUUGCCUUGCAGUUGAGAGAAGAUCCAGGAGGAGAGGACACGGCAGGAAUGAGAGUGAGGAGCUUCAUCUGAAAACAUCUGCCUGGAGGUCUCCUCCCUUCACCCUCUCCUGGUGGUGAACUCCAGCGCUGCAGCAGUGUGAAGCUCCCGCUGUGUGCCGCUGCCCAGGGAAUGCUCGGCGGACGAAGAGACGAGGCCUGAACACAAUGAGCAGCCAGGACAAAUGGGUCACACUGACCCCGGCUGAAUUCGCCCUGCUACAGGAAUACACCCAGUACUCGACCAAGAAGCUGAAGGAUGUGCUGCAGGAGUUCCAUGGAGAUGGUGUGCUGGCCAAAUACAAUCCAGAGGAGAAGCAGGAAAUCCUCACCCAGGAGAUUGACUUUGAGGGCUUUACGGUCUUCAUGCAGACGUUCCUGGAGAGCGAACUCCCCGAAGAGUUCUGCCAACACCUCUUCAUGUCGUUUAGCAACAAGGGGCCCAAACCCAGUCCCUCAUGCUCUGACAAACCCAAAGUCUCUGGGUUGAAGCUGAUCAAAGGCAGCUCGACCCCUCUGAAGACGCCCACGCCGCCCAGGCCUCUGGACUCGGUGCAGCUUAAGGACAUCGUGUGUUACCUGUCGUUGCUGGAGGGCGGGCGUCCUGAGGACAAGCUCGAGUUUAUGUUUCGUCUCUAUGACACAGAUGGAAACGGGUCUUUGGACAGCUCGGAGCUGGAGCACAUUAUCUCCCAGAUGAUGCAUGUAGCCGAGUACCUGGAGUGGGACGUGACUGAGCUGAAACCAAUCCUCCAGGAAAUGAUGCAGGAGAUCGACUACGAUCACGAUGGCACCGUGUCACUGGAGGAGUGGAUCCAGGGCGGCAUGACCACCAUCCCACUGCUGGUGCUGCUGGGCCUGGAGACGAAUGUAAAAGACGACGGGCAACAUGUGUGGAGGCUGAAACACUUCAACAAGCCAGCCUACUGUAACCUGUGUCUCAACAUGCUAAUUGGACUGGGGAAGCAGGGACUCUGCUGCUCGUUCUGCAAGUACACAGUCCACGAGCGCUGCGUGGCUCGCGCUCCGCUGUCUUGCAUCAAAACCUAUGUCAAGUCCAAGAAAAACACAGAGGUAAUGCAUCAUUUCUGGGUAGAAGGCAACUGCCCCACCAAGUGUGACAAGUGCCACAAAACCAUUAAGUGUUACCAGGGCCUGACUGGGCUCCACUGUGUGUGGUGUCAAAUCACGCUCCAUAACAAGUGUGCCUCCCAUGUGAAACCCGAGUGUGACUGCGGACCCCUGAAGGAUCACAUCCUGCCCCCCAACUCAAUCUGCCCCAUUGUUCUGGAAAGGCAGUCGACACUGAGGAAAGACUCCCGGUCCAGCCAGUCGAGCCGAGGGAAGAUGCAGAGAGCCAACUCAGUCACAGUGGACGGCCAAGGACUGCAGAUCACAACAAUAGAGGGCACUCAUCCUCUGCUAGUGUUUGUCAAUCCGAAGAGCGGGGGGAAGCAGGGAGAGAGGAUUUACAGAAAGUUCCAGUAUCUUCUGAACCCGAGACAAGUGUACAACCUGGCCAAAAAUGGACCCAUGCCCGGGUUGAACUUCUUCAGAGACGUCCCUGACUUCAGAGUGUUGGCGUGCGGCGGUGACGGCACCGUGGGCUGGAUCCUGGACUUCAUAGAUAAGGCCAACCUGGACAGGAACCCCCCCGUGUGUAUACUUCCUCUUGGCACGGGCAACGAUCUGGCAAGAUGUCUGCGAUGGGGAGGAGGCUACGAGGGCGAGAGCCUCCUGAAGAUCCUGCGGGACGUCGAGAACAGUUCGGAGGUGAGGCUGGAUCGCUGGAAGAUUGAUGUCACGCCCACAGACAAGGAGGAGCGAGGCGACCCGGUGCCUUACAGCAUUAUCAACAACUACUUCUCCAUCGGAGUGGACGCCUCCAUUGCACAUCGCUUCCACAUUAUGAGAGAGAAGCAUCCUGAGAAGUUUAACAGCAGAACAAAGAAUAAGCUGUGGUACUUUGAGUUCGGCACUUCGGAGACCUUCUCGGCCACAUGUAAGAAGCUCCACGACUUUCUGGAGGUUGAGUGUGAUGGUGUUACGCUGGACCUCAGCACCAUCUCCCUGGAAGGCAUUGCCAUUCUCAACAUUCCCAGCAUGCACGGCGGUUCCAACCUUUGGGGCGAGAGCAAGAAGAGGAGGGGAAACAGAAAGGGAGGGAAAAAGGGCCAAGACAAGAGGACACCGGUGGUCGACCCCAAAGAGCUCAUGUUUGCAGUUCAAGAUCUGUCUGACCAGCUGCUGGAGGUGGUGGGGCUGGAAGGAGCCAUGGAGAUGGGUCAGAUCUACACCGGCCUGAAGAGCGCUGGAAGACGUCUGGCACAGUGCUCCUCCGUCACCAUCAGAACCAGUAAAUCCCUCCCGAUGCAGAUUGAUGGUGAGCCUUGGAUGCAGACUCCCUGCACUAUUGAAAUCGUCCACAAGAACCAGGCUCCCAUGUUGAUGGGGCCGCUGCAAGGCCGCAGCUUCUUCUCCUCAGUCAUCAGACGAACGCGCACUGAGAGCAAAGACUGAUCCGUCGCAGUUCAAGACCUUCGAGUCCCAUCGAGCACCUGCAGAGCAGUGGCCACACGUCGAUCACCACUCGGCCCGUUAGCGAAGGGGGUCUUUGAUGCCUGUUUGAUAGCCCAGCGUACAGUAGCAAACUGUAGGUUCAGUAUGUGUCGCCUGCAGCAUCGAGACCUCGGCGGGAAGUCCUCAUUUUAUCCACAAUGAGGUGUGUUUAGGACUGACGCUUUGGUCUACAGUGUGUAGUGUAGUUUAGCUCCAAAAAUACUGAAGAUAUUUCUGGAAGUCUAAAAAAAAAAAAAUGUUUUUCUUAACGUCUGUUUUUAUUUUUUCUGUUGUGAUCUGUGCCACGUGGAGUAAGUCCACAGAUGAAUGUGUUUUUGUGAUAUGAUGUAUUUAUUUAUUCAUAUUUUGCUGCUAUUGAUGUUUUUUAACCGUUUUUUUUUUGCAUUUGCAUAGCCCUGAUGCAUGAUGGACAGUGAGAGGUUGCUGCUGUUGGAACUGACAUAUCUGGAGUCUGUGGUUGAGUCUUUCGCAAGUGUGUUUAGCAAGAAGUGAAGUUUCUUUGCUCAGCAUUUCUUCAGCGCUUCACCCAUGAUUGGCUUCAAGUAGUGCGGAGACAGAGGAUGUCUUCUUGCUUUCUUUUCUUUUUUUUAAUGGUUCCUGCGAGUCAUCUUUGUCAUGUUUUGAUCUGCCGUGUUGCUGCUCCGUCAGUGGAAAGAUUAGGAAUUAUUAUUGAUCGCUCAUGACAAAAAAAAAAAAAAAAAAAAAAAAGAAAAAGAAAAAAAAGAAAAAUGCAUGACACUCUUUGUUUUUUACGUCGCACGAGAGAUUUCCAAGACAGUUUUACCAGUUGUGUGCACACUUUCUGUUGCAUGAGUGACCGAGAUCUGUGUUGACACUUGUGGAAAUUGAUCUUUUUUCUUUUUUUACCUGCAUCUACAGUGCUGCUCGGUUUAACCAUAUCAUACUUUAUCUAUGAGACGGCUGCACUUUUAUGAGAUCCUGUGUUUCUUUUCUGAACAGGUACUCAGGUACUUUUAAAAUGGAAAAACAGAAAGCAGUCUCGUGUUCGGUCAGGCUGUUGUUGGUGACUGUAUUGUUGGACGCUCACGAGAAGCAGUUUGACCUCCUCUGAUUGAUUUGUUCUGAUGUCUGCAGCUGAGUGUUUAUAGUCCGCUGCGCAUACAAGCGUACAUUAACCAAUUAAAGUCUAAAUACAAAAUGACUUGACAUAUAUAGUACAAGCUUGAUUUAAAGAAUCAAUACUGAAAAUCAAUCCCAUCCAAUAAUCACAGUUUUCAGAGGCAGCCUAAUUUUGAACUGUGUAUUUCAUAUAAAUUUACUCGUACAACUUGAUAAAAAAUAUUUUGGAUGGAAAAGGAUGUGGUUCAGUGCAUUUCUGCAUUUAAAUUGUUAUUGUUAUUUAUCUCAUUCAGUCGCACCAAAGACAAAUACGCACAAGACUUCAAAUGUUUGGGGACUUGUUACAGACCUACCUGUGUGACACACACACACACACACACACACACACACACACACCUGAUUAAUGUGUUGUUUUUAACAGAAUCGCACACACGCAUGUUUCCUGAUGAUAAUUUCAGGCUCGACUGUUUCAGUCUUUAAAAAGUGCCAUACGUCAGUGGAGUCUGAGGUGUGAUGAGCCUCCCAUCUCUUUGCUUUGUGCGGUGCAGCGUUUGUACAGUGAGGUUGUAUUUUUGUACACACUACUAUUUAUUUUUCUGCUUACUGCUUCACUCUAGAACUCACUCCACGUUGUUCUGCCUAAAACAAAUUAUGCCUGCCGAUAUUGACUGAGAAAAGUGAUAAUGGAAAUAAUAAAAAAGCUUUUGUUGUUUGA